AUGACCAAGUAUAAUGUCCGUCCUCAUUUGCGCACUGUACACAACCUUUCCCCUGGAAGAGCUGGAGAACUUAUGGCGCAGAAGAAAAAGACAGCAUUAGAAAGUCAGGGAAAGCAAGCGGAGAUUUGCAACGAGUGCGGAGCUGCUUUUUCCACGAGAAGAGGACUGACAAUACACUUGAACUCCAAGCAUCGCGGAACGGUUGAUGUUGCUAGGACUGCAGAACAGGAAAGUCGCACUCCAACUUUGAAGUGUUGCCUUUGUGAAGGCGCUUUUAAAACGCAAGAAGAACUCAGUCAGCACUGUGGUAGGGAACACACCGAAGAUUCUGAAAGCAAGAUUAUACAGUGCAUAGGAUGUCCUUUUCAAGUUCGGAAGAAUACAAGGUCGGCAACCAUAUUUACGAUAGAUACUCACAAAAAGUCGUUUAUUAAGGAAUGGUUUGGAAGAAUGUGUGAGGUGCACUGCAGUUCAUUUUUCUGCAGGUCAAGUGGAGCUAACCAGAAGAAACUGUUUAUGAGGUGCAACCGUUGUGGUGAAGGCAGAUCUCAGGGUGAACAGCGUAUUCGUAUAACCAAGAAAGUUCAUCCUUAUUGCUCUGCUUUUGCGAACGUGCAUUUCAAUGAAGACGAUACUGUUUCCGUGGUAGCAUGCUUUGGUCACAUUGGGCACGACCUCGAUCCGGCCCUACUUCGGUGGACUGACGAUCAAAUAGAGUAUCUGAAGCUCAUGCUACAAGAGUUUUCAACCGAUUACAUAGUACACAAAAUGAGGAAGGAUCACGAAUCCAAAGACUCUAAGUUGUACUUCAUAACAAAAAGAGAUCUCUGGAAUAUUAUGACUAAGUACAACCUAAACCCGGACAGCGCGAUAGAGAUGAUCUCACAUCUCUGA